AUGGGUUCUGAUAUUACAAAUAUAAUAGGUACCAUGGAUGUAGCGGAUACUAAAGAUGUAGUUGAAGUAGAUUCUGGAAAUGUAGUAAGUGCUAAAGGUAUAGUAGAUGUUGUAGAUGUAAAUACGGCAGGUGUUAUAAGCAUAAUAGGUGUAGUGGGUGCUGUAGAUAAUAUAGGCAUCGUAAGCGUAGUGGGUGCUGUAGAUAAUAUAGGCAUCGUAAGCGUAGUGGGUGCUGUAGAUAAUAUAGGUGUUGUAAGCAUAGUGGGUACUGUAGAUGCUAUAGGCAUAAAAGAUGAUAUAGGCAUCGUGAGCGUAGUAGGUAUUAUAGUGGUAGUAUCAAAGUUUUCAUAA